AUGCCUGCUUACCAUUCCACGUUUCUUGGGGACGAGACCCAAGGUGUCAGAACCGUGGGAAACCUUUCGUUGCUCCCUAUCCACACAAAGUACCGUGGUCCCGCGUUUGAACCGGAUCAAGACUACGAUAUCGCUCAAGAGACGCUCGACUUGUUCCGGGCCAAUUCGUUCUUUAAAAACUUUGAAAUCAAAGGAAACGCAGAUAGGUUGUUGAUAUAUGGGAUCUUGUUUAUCAGUGACUGCUUGAGCAAGCUCAAUCGGACUAUGCCGUUGAGAGAAGCCACACGAGUGUUGAACAAUGUGAGUCUCGACAAUUUUGCCUUGCCCGGAGAUAUUAGUUUUCCCUUGAACUCGUUAUAUCUACCUCCGAAAACCAAGGCCGAUGCUGAUCUCUUGAGGAGCUACUUGACACAGUUUAGACAGGAGUUGGCUGAAAGGUUGUUGAAACGCGUAUACCUGGAGGAUGAAAAUGUUCCCAGCAAGUACUGGCUUUCAUUCACCAAGAGGAAAUUCAUGAACAAAAGCUUGUAG